AUGACUGUUGGUGAAAAAAAUAAAAAAAAGACAAAUAAAACCAUCUUACUUGUGGGUGAAACAGGAGCAGGAAAAUCUACUCUGAUCAACGCUUUGGUCAACUACACGAUGGGAGUGAAGUGGGAGGAUGAAGUCUGGUUUAAGAUUGUAGAGGAGGAGGACACAAGUCUAUCAGAAAGUCAGACAUCAGAUGUGAUCAUGUAUGAGAUCUUUGGUUUUGAAGAUGAAACUCUGCCAUACUCUCUGACCAUAAUCGACACGCCUGGAUAUGGUGCCACCAAAGGGGUUGAGAAUGAUGUCAUUGUUAGUGAAAGAUUAUUUGACUUGUUUCGAUCAGAUGACGGAGUUCAAGAAGUUCAUGCAGUGGGUCUAGUGAUGAAGGCGACAGAUAAUCGACUGAGUGAUCGAUUGAGGUACAUCUUUGAUUCAGUGAUGUCUCUGUUUGGAAAAAACCUGAAGAAAAACAUUGUAGCCCUGAUCACACACUCAGAUGGAAGAAGACCUGAAAAUGCUCUUGAAGCUCUUGAAGCUGCAAAAAUAAAAUGUGCCAGAAUAGAGAAUGAGCCAGUUUACUUCCUGUUCAAUAACCAACAGAAAAAAAAAAGAAGAAAGAAAGAUAAGGUGGGUUUGGAUAACGCAUGGAGAGUAUCAGAGGGAGGAAUUAGUGAAUUCUCAAAAUUCCUGGAAAAUAUUGAGCCUCAGAAACUGAUGACAACUGUUGAAGUGUUAAAUGAACGCAUCCGACUGACAGCCUGCAUUCAAAACCUGCAAAAAAGAAUAGAUUUUAUUGAAUUAAAACAGACAGAAAUCAAACAGACUCAAGAGGCUCUGAAGAAACAUGAAGAAGAGAUGAAGAUAAAUAAGGAGUUCACUAUAGAAUUUGAUGAGGUCUACAAAGUUAGAGAAGAUAUCGAGGUUGGGUGGUGGUGCUUGUUGGCUGGGUAUGCAGGAGCUGUCAGCUGUAAAGUCUGUGAGGAGAACUGUCACUAUCCUGGAUGCACAAUGGCCUGGUAUCCUGAACACUGUGAGGUCAUGAAAGGAGGCCGCUGUACUUCUUGUACCAACAAGUGUCCUGCAUCAGAUCAUGUGAAAGAAAGGAAGAUCUAUGAAACCAAGACACUUCAUGUCAAAAAGACUAAUGAAGAAAUGAAAAAGAAAUAUGAAAAGAACAAGACAGAAAGUGAGAACAAGUCCAGCCUUUUGGAAAAUCUAGAAAAGGAAAUGAACCAGCUGACAGCAGAGAAGUCACAGUGGCUGGAGGAGUCCUACCAACAUGUUGUCAGACUGGAGGAAAUCGCUCUGAAUGCUUUUUCUCUGUCCACUAUUGUACACUUUGAGUUAUUAAUUGAGAAGAUGAAGGAGAAAGGAGACACAGAGAAGGUCCAGAAAUUGAAGGAGAUGAGAAGCAGAGUGGAUGACGGUGCCAGAGGAGCUCUGCAGUACACACUUCACAUACCUGCAGUUAUGAAAAAAUUGGGGAAAACCUUAUGGAAUAAGAUGAAAAACCAUUAG